UAUUAUUAUUUUUUUUUGUAAAAAAAAACAGUAAUACUUAGGCUGCCCCUGCUCGCACUUUCAAAUCUCCUUCUUCCCCCUCAAAACCCUAACAAUCAAAACACCGGCUUCCUCGCGCUUUUUUGAAUCUCCGUCAGUAAAAUCACGCGAUGACAGCUGUCAUCCCGCCACAAUUCUCCGGCCGCGAACUCUCGAAUCCCCCAACCGACGGGAUCUCGAACCUCCGAUUCUCCAAUCACAGCGACCACCUGCUCGUCUCCUCAUGGGACAAGACUGUGAGAUUAUACGACGCGGGUACUAAUGUUUUGCGAGGAGAGUUUAUGCACGGUGGUGCCGUGCUUGAUUGCUGCUUCCACGACGAUUCUUCCGGUUUCAGUGCCAGCGCCGACAACACCGUGCGACGGUUGGUUUUUAACUACGAAAAGGAGGACAUUUUGGGAAGGCAUGAUGCGCAUGUUCGUUGUGUCGAGUACUCUUAUGCUGCAGGGCAAGUAAUCACUGGUAGCUGGGACAAAACACUUAAGUGUUGGGAUCCUAGAGGAGCUAGUGGGCAAGAGCGCACCCUCAUCGGCACAUAUCUGCAACCUGAGCGUGUUUACUCUCUAUCUCUUGUUGGAAAUCGUUUAGUAGUAGCUACUGCAGGAAGACACGUCAAUGUCUAUGAUCUACGAAAUAUGUCUCAACCUGAGCAAAGGAGAGAAUCAUCUUUGAAAUAUCAAACUCGAUGUGUGCGUUGCUACCCCAAUGGCACAGGAUAUGCACUCAGUUCUGUUGAAGGGCGAGUAGCAAUGGAGUUUUUUGAUUCUUCAGAGGCCAGUCAGGCAAAAAAAUAUGCAUUCAAGUGUCAUCGAAAGUCAGAGGCUGGAAGAGACAUUGUCUAUCCCGUAAAUGCUAUUGCUUUCCAUCCUGUCUAUGGUACAUUUGCAACUGGAGGUUGUGAUGGUUUCAUCAACAUAUGGGAUGGGAACAACAAAAAGAGACUGUAUCAGUACUCAAAGUAUCCAUCAAGUAUUGCAGCACUUUCAUUUAGCAGAGAUGGCAGUCUAUUGGCUGUGGCAUCAAGUUACACAUAUGAAGAGGGAGAUAAACCGCAUGAGCCAGAUGCUAUCUUUGUACGAAGUGUGAAUGAAAUAGAAGUCAAGCCAAAACCAAAACCAUACCCCAACCCCCCAGCAUAACUUAGCCUGGUAUCUUGGAUAUGCAGUGUCUUAUGGUUUUCUAGGCUUUAUUCUUUCCUAUGAAGCUCUCCAAACUUGAUGUGAACUAAUCCUUGAAUCAAGUUGGAUUGUCCCUGUUGUCUCAUAUUAUUUUAAGUGAUCAUAUAGGUUUGUGCUAAGAACUUUGGAUUCUGUAAGUAUUCGUCUAUCUAGUCUCCUAGAUAUACAACUGAAUGUGACCGAGCAACUCUUUCUUAUCA